CACCAUAAUUUUUAUCUUCUUCACUAUAUCAUCGAGAUAUCAGCUAGGUUCACCAUAUAUCACCCUUCUUUUGCAUCGACACCGAAAAUACGACAGAUUCUUGAUUUAACAAUGUCAGAAUAUAAGUCUGUGAAGGGUGGAAAACUGAAAUUAAAGGGAGCCUCAGAUCAUAAAUCAAGUUCCAAAAAACACAAAAAGAAGCGGAAGAGAGAGCAUGAGGAUGGGCAGGCAAUGGAAGAGAAAGGAAAAGAUGCUGAGAAACAUGGGGGCUGGUGGGCAGUUACUGAAUUCAGAAACAUCAAAGGGAAUGUUGCAAUAGAAAUGGGUCCAAAGACAUUUCUGUUUGCAAUGGACAAUGGUCUCUUAACAUUAGGAGCCCCUCACAAAACCACUGUAGAAGGUCCAGCCCCACCAGAGCAGAUUACAGCCAUCCCAGUCUCCGAUAGUAAGGUAGCCUUUAAGACUGGCUAUGGAAAGUUCCUUGGUGUAGAUGAUAAGAAGAGAGUUGUCGGCAGGUCAGAUGCUAUGGGACCAAGAGAAAUGUUUGAACCAAUCUUUCAAGAUGGUAAUCUUGCUAUGCUGGCUUACAAUAACUGCUUUGUAUCCUGUAAUGAUGAAGGUGAACUCAUGGCAACCAGUAACAAGGCAGGACCUGACGAGAUGAUUGUAAUAAGAAGUGAUGCCCCUCUGAUAAAGAAGAAAAAAGAUGACUUGCCUGAGGAACAAAAAGGUGACCUCAGGGAAUGUGAAGUCAGCUAUGUGAAGAAGUUUCAGAGUUUUCAGGAUCAUAGACUAAUCGUCAAUGAAUCGGCAAGGACAGGCCUCUCAUCAGCCAGGGAGAAGGGCAAGUUACACGAAGCACUUCUUGACAGGAGAGAAAAGAUGAAAGCAGACCGCUACUGCAAAUGACCCAUGCUUUGUGAUGUUUGGCUGCAGUGUUACAGUACAUCGAGCAGACGUAAAGCCUGUAUACCUCGACGACAGUGCUGAAUGUUUCCCCAGUGGUUUAACUGAAGUUCAUUUGGUUCAAGGAAUCAUCAGUGACAUUCAUCUUUGCAAAAGUUUAUUCUCUUGAGACUUCUGAAAUACAACCAACUUUUCUUCAAUGAACUUUAAUAUAAUUUAAGCAAUUGCCCCAGUCAACAGUCAUUGAAGUUAGGUGUUAAGACCUGAGUAGUAUUUCACAAAGAUUUUUCAAAAUUGGACUAGUUACUAAUUGCAUGUCGUUUAAAACGUUGAAAUUCAUCACUUUAUUGGUCAGUGGACGCACACUGCCACAUAUAUUUGAACGAGACAUGCAUUUGAUAACGUGCGUGGUUGCGCUAACAUGACUUAAUGUCACAUUUAACACUUAGUGAAACACCCCUGGUAUCUCAAAUGUGUGGGGAGAAAGCAUUGCUUCAUAGAAUAUCUAGUCACUAUAAUUUUUUUAUUAUGAUAGCAAGAUGUAUUUUCGUUUUGCUUUAAGGACUAUAUAGUCUAUCAAGUAUUGUUCUGUCUCAAUGUCAGCAUUUGAUAUGGAAAUUAUAAAUAGAGUCUGUCUACCCUGUCAAAGAGAAGGCAAUCUAAUUCAUUAACCCUAAAAUGGCCGGAGGGGGUUGAAUCAACCCCCCCUCAAUAUUUUCUGCGAUCAUUCCGCCGCGCGAAAUUUUUUGACCGCGCCACUCACAGAGUUUGUACUUUUAAGUCUCGCGCAUCUUUUGAGACCAAAUUUACGACGCCAGGUACGCGGUUCCGAAAUUACGCAACAUUUUGUAAGUGCAUGUCAGACCAAAAAUUGUUCCAAAACGUGAUUUUGUGUACAAAGUCAAUGCAAAUUGAGUUUUCUCAUCUUAUUCAUAAAGAUAUGAUUAUUUUUAUUUUAAACAGCUGAAAGCAAUUGAUUUUAGCAUAAUUAUGCUUCAAAAAGGUUGUGCAAUAAAUCUGGUGAAAAAAACAAAGAAAAACAAAAGUUUGAAAAACAAGGAAAUACAUAAGAAUUUCAUAAAACAAUAAAAUACAUAAGAAAUUUAUUUCCAAACCGAAGUUUUUUUCAUUGCCAUUGUUGAGAAUGCUACACAGAAUAUUUUUACCAAAAAUUAGCAUUCUAGGAGCUUUAUUUAGUGAAUUAGAGCAAAAGUAUGCAUAAAUUAGCAUAAUUAAUUCAUAUAAAAUAAAAUCUCAUUAUUUGGAAAAUUUUACCAUACAGCCUUGUAGAUUACAUCGCACACUACCAGCGUGCAAAUUUUUGUGGCGCUCGCGCGAUCGGCGGCCAAGAUCUCAGGGGGGGUUGAAUCAACCCCCCCCCCCCCCCCCCCCCCCCCCGGCCACAGAACAGCCAAAAAAGCCCAGCCUAGUUAGGGUUAAAGUGUUAUGAAUAUGGCCAUGUAUAUUCACUCUUCUGAAUAGUUCAUUUAUUUUGUAUCCAAGGUUUACUGCUUUAAUUUUGUCGGCUUUCUGCAAGAAGGGGGUAAUUUUUACAAUUAUUUCUUUAUUAUGCACUUUUUAAUUUGCUGAUAUUUUGGGUUUUACUUGUAAUAUCAGAAUAAUUUCUGCAACAUUGGAUAGCCUAUGAUGAACUCUUUCAAUAUUUUAAAUAGAUGAAUAAUUAUGAAAAUUACCCCUGAAUUUUUCUUGCUUGAUGCCGUCGCUAUAUGUCUGUUGCUUUUUGCCACUUUUACUAUUAGAAAGAAAAUGUUGAAAGUAUAAAGAAUGAGAUCUGUUAGUAUCUUUGACUACUUAUUUGUUUCUAUUACUCAUGCAAGUUUGGCAUACUUGUAAGAAUUCAAGGCUAAUUAGCUCGAUAAACUCUUGCAGAGAAUACCUUUUAAGCAUACCAAUUCUCAGGGAAGGAGUUUGUUAGGCUUUUAAAUAGAUUAAAAUAAUAUGAAUUAUUUACUGGAUUGGAAAUCCUCACUUAUAAAUACUAUGAAACACUGAGUAUUUUGUGAAUGAAAGAAUGAUUGUUGUUAACUGAUCCAUAUGAAGAUUAUGAUUUUUUUUAUUGUAAAAGAUAAAUGAAAAAUACACUUCAGCAGUUAUUUCUAGAAAAAGAAAUCACAUUUGAUAAGGAACUUUAUAGAAAAUUGAUAUUAAUGAAUUAUUAGAUUUCUUUCCAAAUUUUGUAUGUAGUCAAUCCUUAAAUGGAGAAAGAAUGAUAUAGACUGUUCUCACUAAUCAUGAAAGUUGAGUUUUCUUUUUAUUGAUACACCCUAAAGUAGUUUGUCUACAGAGAUCAGGAAAAAAAUGUAUGCAUUUUUAUCUUUCAUUUUUUUUUUAUUGCUAAUGAUAUAGUCAUCAAUCUGAACAAAUGAUCGAUAUAGUUAUGAAUUUGCUGAAUUCAUUUAUUUAUCUAUAUAUAUUUUUUUUUUUGGGGGGGGGAGGAUGGGAUGGUUGAAAUAUUUGAAUUCAUGUAUGAAGGUGAUCCUUGCUUGUAAAUAUGUAAAUGUAUUGCUUUUUUAACAAAAUAUAUAUGUAUUUGUACAGAGACAA